AAGAAAAAAAGAAAAGAAAAAAAAACGUACUCCCUAGUCACCGAUGGCAACUUACAUCUAUGACUUUCCGGGUCGGGAAUGAAGUCAACAUGGCCGUCUCGGAGUCUGAGAACAUAUCGUGCCCGCACUAAUUUGCGACAAUGGCCGGGGCAACUUUUUCACCGACUUUCGUCCACGGCUCCGUCGUCCGCGUCUGCAUCGGACGUUGAGCGCGUCGAGGUGCGCUGCGGUUCGUCCGGGUUUGUCACCGUAGACUUCCAUGACCUGUCGAAACAUCCCGACUCGACGCCGCUCUUGAUCCACCUCCCACCAUUUGCCGUGCCGGCAGAUGCCCUGCCCUAUCGUCCGACAUGCUUGCGUCGGUACCCUACUGCUGUCAUCAACUACCGCUGGACGGGACCCUCCUCUCUCGCGGGAGGCCAGACCUCUGCGACGGCCCAAGUCGUCGGGGACUUCGACACGCCGCUUCACUGGCCCACUCCCCUCCACGAUGUUUCUUUCGCCUACAAGUGGAUCACCGAGAACCUAUCCCCCCCCAGCGUGGGCCGCCGCGACGUCUACGUGCACGGGGCCUACCUGGGCGCCACGCUGGCCGCGUCUCUCGCACUGACAGAGUCGCAUAGCCACGCGCGCAUGGGGAUCCGGGGCUUCAUCGCCUACAACGGCAUCUACAACUGGACCAUGUUCCUCCCGGAGCACAAGAUCAACAAGCCCGCCGGCGCUGCUGCUGCAGCUGCAGCUGUUCUUUCACCAACGCCGCUGCUGCAGCAACCGGCAGAGGGCAGCGCGAUGCGCUUCCUCCAGCAGCACAUGCCCGUGUGGUUCAAGUCGCCGGCCGACCUGUUCGACCCCUUCGUCAGCCCGAGCCUCUUCUUCCAGACGUCGGGGAUGCUGGUGCCGCCUUCGUUCGCGCAGACGGACGCCCUGUCGGCCAUGAUCGACAAGCUCGCGGCCCUGGGCAUCCACGGCUCGCCCGCCGACCUGAUGGCGUCCUCGGGCGUGUUCAGGACCCCGCGCCGGAGCGCGCUCGUGUUCCCCCCGCGGAAAUCGACGCUGAAAAUCCCGGCGGGCCUCCUGCUGCACGACGCGACCGAGGUGGCGGGGCCCAGGACCUCCUCCUCCUCCUCCUCAUCCUCCACCACCUCGGCGAAGAAGGAGAAGAAGGAGAAGAAGAAGAACGGCAGGGCGGCGACGACCAAGACUGGGGCUUCGUCUCCUGAUGCGGUGGUGGUGAAGAGACGGCGGCGGAAGGUUCGGGGGAACCACUUCGAGGCACAGGCGACGGAGUUGGCUGGGCUGAUGAGGCGGAGCUUGGAAAAGUUGGAAAUCCCGCUGCGGAUGAAGUGGGAUGAGGAUUUGGGCGACGGGGAUGAGGUGGUGAAAUCGAGAGUUCGGGUCGAGGAUGUCGGGGAGCCGAAGUCGGAGCAGAUGGUCAUGGAGGUGAACGAGCGGGGAGAAGAGCUGGUAAGACGGUGGCUUGAGGAGCGCAUAUCGUUAUGAUGAUGCGAUAAGGUACGACAGGUACGAUGUACAACCAUGACACCCAGCCCGGCGCCAUUGUUUAUGGCGUCAAUCGAAGUUGAUCCAAAUACGGAGUACGAUGAUCCGCU